AUGUCUGAGAUUGACAGCCGAGAGUUGCACGCCAGCAUCAUCUACGAUGCUGGCGAUAACAAGACAGACAGGAUCCGGCACACCGAAUGCGUCGAGUGCAGCAUGCAGAUGGGGGAAGUUCUCGAUCAGUCGCUGGGUGAAACCUCGGUCAACAAGCCAGACGGAACCUUUGAGCGAAGUCGAGCCUCCUCGGCGGAGAAUGAUCAAGGGAUGACAAGUCCCGCCGACGAAUCAGAUACCUUCUCGAGAGGUCAAGGGAUCGGCCCCCUGGGGCGCAGCCCAGAUCCAGCGCCAAGGGGGCGUGUGGGAGCAUAUGGGGGUGUGUCGCAUAUGCCUAACAGCGACCACACGCCCGAGGCCACAACGGGUGAAGGGGACAUGAAAACGAAGUCCCGGUGGCACCCGGCCGAGGCUGACCCCGGAUGUCAAGCUGAAGGUGUUCCUGGCCGCGGUCAGACGAGGGCCAUAAUAAGCGGCAGCACGGGAAUCGGUCAAAGCCGCUCGGAAAUCGUUGUCCACACGAUAAUGUUAGCCUUCAACAACAGAAUCUGUGUCGUGGCCGUCGUCCUCAGCUCCAGAUAA